AGAGAGAGCGCGCGGACAGCACAGGGAGCUCGCGUAACGGAACCCAGUCUAUCCUCCCCGCGUAAUACCGGAGUGCAGAGAUUCCUCCCCGCGCCAAGUCUGUUGGAAGUCGAAGAGGAGCCGUUGUUGCUAAACACACCGACACAAGGAAAGACACGAAAGGAGGAGGGAGAAGAAAACAGUUGUAUCAUAAAUCGAUUAGAUGCCAACUAUAGGAAGGCAGAUAUUCAACUUGUGACAGACAUAAGAAGAGUUUUCUCGCUCCACAGUUAACCCCGCUACCGGGGGUUAACACAACGGCUGUUCUUGUCGACAUGGAUAAAGUUAUACGCUGUCUCUUGGCUGCUAUUAGCUUGCUGUUAACGGUUCGAGGAGAACUCUAUAAAGGCGACUGUAGCUUCGAGAGGCCGUUGGCGGCGUGUGGCUACACCCAGGGCAGAGAGGACGACCUGGACUGGGAACAGGUCAACACCAGGGAGAAGCCUUCAUCUCACCCGUGGAUGCCUCCAGAUUCAGCCUUCAUAAUGGUCAACAGUUCGGGCCGUUACCCUGGACAGAAGGCUCUCUUGCUGACCCCCCAGCUAAAGGAGAACGACACCCACUGCGUCCUGUUCCAGUACUUCCUGUCUGGACGCGAGGGGGCGGGGCCAGGGCCGGGGCAGCUCAACGUUUACAUCAGAGAGAACAACAGCCCCCUGGGCAUGCCUGUGUGGAACGUGUCUGGGCCAGCCACCAGGUCCUGGGGACAGGUAGAACUGGCCAUCUCCACCUACUGGCCCAACUUCUACCAGGUGGUGUUUGAAGUGGUGACCUCCGGCCAAAGGGGCCUGGUGGCUAUCAAAGACGUGGUUCUUCAGGGUCAUCAAUGCAUGAACACCCCCCACUUCCUGACUAUAAAGGGCGUAGAGGUCAAUGCUGGACAGACGGCUGCCUUCCACUGUACCGUCAAUGGACGACAGAGGGACAACUUCAACCUCUGGCUGCAGGGUAUUGGAGGACGUGAGGCCCCAAUGAAGUCUACUAAGCCUUGGAAUAACCGUCGAUUCAUUGGGACCUUUGACCUGGAGAACACAACCAAGGAUGACUCGGGACGAUACCGCUGCAUCGUCCAUUCUGACAAGGGAGUGGGCGUGUCCAACUACGGAGAGCUCACCAUUAAACAGCCGCCGGUGCCCAUCGCCCCCCCCCAGCUGACAGCCGUCGGCGCCACCUACCUGUGGAUUCAGCUCAACGCCAACUCCAUCAACGGCGACGGCCCAAUCAUCGACCGCGAGGUGGAGUAUCGGACUGUUUCAGGGACCAUGUAUGACCUGCAGCCAGUGGACAAAACCACCCACAAGAUCGGCCACCUGACACCUGACACGGAGUAUGAGAUCAGUGUGCUGCUGACCAGACCCCUGGAUGGAGGGACCGGAGCACCUGGACCCCCACUCAGGGCCAGGACCAAGUGUGCAGAACCCAUUCACGGCCCCAGGCGCCUUCAAGUCCUUGACGUCCAAUCUAAACAGGUUACCAUUCGCUGGGAGCCAUUCGGCUACAAUGUGACGCGUUGCCAUAGCUACAACUUAACCGUACAGUACCGGUACCGCAUGGCCGGCAAAGAGGAGAACCGGGAGGAGGUGUGUUAUGACACCCAGGGUCGUGACCCUCAGCACACUAUCCACAACCUGACCCCCUACACCAACCUGUCUGUCAAACUGGUCCUGAAGAACCCAGAGGGGGUGAAAGAGAGCACAGAGCUGGAGCUACAGACAGAUGAGGACGUUCCCGGGGACGUUCCUCUACAGUCAAUCCAGGGCAGUGCCUACGAGGAGAAGAUUGUCCUCAGGUGGAGGGAACCAGCUCAGACCUACGGAAUCAUCACUCAGUAUGAGAUCUCCUACAAGGCGGUGAGUUCUUUCGACCCAGAGCUGGAUCUGUCCAAUCAGAGUGGCAAGGUGUUAAAACUGGGCAAUGAGACCAGUCACAUCUUCCUGGGGCUCUAUCCAGGCUCCACAUACUCCUUCACUCUCAGAGCUUCUACCGCCAAGGGCUACGGUCCCCCCGUCAUCACCCAGUUCACCACAAAAAUAUCAGCCCCCUCCAUGCCAGCUUAUGAUCAGGAGACUUCUCUGAACCAGACGGACAGCACAGUGACUUUCCUGCUGAAACCGGCCCAGAGCAGAGGGGCACCGGUCAGCGUGUACCAGGUGGUGGUGGAGGAGGAGAGACCGCGGAGGGCCAGGAGGGGCUCGGCUGAGAUCCUCCGCUGUUACCCGGUGCCCAUUCACUUCCAGAAUGCCUCGGCCCUCAGCUCCCAGUACUACUUCAGCGCCGAGUUCCCCGCCGCCGGGCUGCAGGCGCCGCAGCCCUUCACCGUGGGGGACAACAAGACCUAUGGAGGCUACUGGAACACACCCCUGCUGCCCCAGAAGAGCUACAGCGUCUACUACCAGGCUGUCAGCACAGCUAACGGGGAGACCAAGAUUGACUGUGUCCGUGUUGCCUCUAAAGCUGCCAUCCUGGUCAGUCAGCUCACCACUCCUUACGUCCGCAUGGCACCGGCGGCUGGUGACAACCAACUAACAGGAGCGGCCACCCACCGGCCAGACGCGGUGGAGCCGGAGAAACAGACAGAUCACACCGUGAAGAUAGCAGGAGUCAUCGCUGGAAUCCUCCUCUUCGUCAUCAUCUUCCUCGGAGUUGUCCUCCUCAUGAAGAAAAGAAGAACCUAUCAGUCCUACACUUAUUACCUAAAGCUGGCCAAGAAGCGCAAGGAGACGUUGAGCACUCGUCAGGAGAUGACUGUGAUGGUGAACUCCAUGGAUAAGAGUUAUACGGAGCAGGGGACUAACUGUGACGAGGCCUUGUCCUUCAUGGAUACACACAGUCACACCCUGAACGGGCGCAGCGAGUGUGCCCUCACGCUGAACGGGCGCAGCGAGUGUGCCCUCACGCUGAACGGGCGCAGCGAGUGUGCCCUCACGCUGAACGGGCGCAGCGAGUGUGCCCUCACGCUGAACGGAAGAACAGCUACAUCCCCCUCCUCCUUUACUCUGAAUAAGUCUAAUACUCUGAAUACAACACUGGCCAAGUCAUAUUAUCCAGAUCCUUUUGUGCCAACUGCUAUCCUAGUGCCCAUUAAUGAUGAGAGCCAGCCAGGGGCCAGCAGCUGCAGUGACACCAGCAGUCUGGUCCAGUCUCAUGGUCACUCUUUGAGAAAACGCGAGGGCGCCGUAGAUGUGCCGUACCAGACCGGACAACUCCACCCCGCCAUCCGAGUGGCUGACCUGCUCCAGCACAUCACGCAGAUGAAGUGUGCCGAGGGAUACGGUUUCAAGGAGGAGUACGAGAUCAACGAGAGCUUCUUUGAAGGACAGUCUGCUCCUUGGGACUCUGCGAAGAAAGAUGAGAAUCGGAUGAAGAACCGUUAUGGGAACAUCAUUGCAUAUGAUCACUCCCGAGUCAGACUCCAACCCCUGGAGGGCGAGCAGAACUCCGAUUACAUUAAUGCAAAUUACGUUGAUGGCUACCACAGGCCAAACCACUACAUUGCAACCCAAGGUCCGAUGCAGGAGACGGUGUUUGAUUUCUGGAGGAUGGUGUGGCAGGAGAACACGGCUGCUAUUGUCAUGGUCACCAACCUGGUGGAAGUAGGCAGGCAGGUGAAGUGCUGUAAGUACUGGCCAGAUGACACAGAGAUCUACAGAGACAUCAAGGUGACGUUGAUGGAGACCCAGCUGCUGUCAGAAUACGUUAUCCGGACUUUCGCUGUUGAGAAGAGAGGUGCCCAUGAAAUCCGGGAGAUCCGCCAGUUUCAUUUCACGGGUUGGCCAGACCACGGCGUGCCGUACCACGCCACCGGGCUCCUGGGCUUCAUACGCCGUGUCAAGACCAAGACCCUGACCAACGCUGGACCCAUGGUCAUCCACUGCAGUGCGGGUGCCGGUCGGACAGGCUGUUUCAUGGUGAUUGACAUCAUGCUGGACAUGGCUGAAAGAGAGGGUGUGGUGGACAUCUACAACUGUGUCAGAGAGCUGCGCUCCAGGAGGGUCAACAUGGUGCAGACAGAGGAGCAGUAUGUUUUCAUCCAUGAUGCCAUCUUGGAAGCAUGUCUUUGUGGUGACACCACAAUCCCAGCCAAUCAGCUUCGCUCUGUCUACUAUGAAAUGAACCGAUUGGACCCCCAGACCAACUCCUCCCAGAUCAAAGAGGAGUUCAGGACUCUGAACAUGGUGACCCCUACGUUGCGUGUGGAGGACUGCAGCAUCGCCCUGCUCCCCAGGAACCACGAGAAGAACCGCUGCAUGGACGUCCUGCCGCCCGACCGCUGUCUGCCCUUCCUCAUCACCAUCGACGGGGAGAGCUCCAACUACAUCAACGCCGCACUCAUGGAUAGUUACAAGCAGCCGUCGGCGUUCAUCGUUACCCAGCAUCCUUUGCCCAACACGGUGAAGGAUUUCUGGCGGCUGGUGUUGGACUACCACUGUACAUCCAUAGUGAUGCUGAAUGAUGUGGAUCCAGCACAGCUAUGUCCCCAGUACUGGCCUGAGAAUGGAGUCCAUCGCCACGGGCCCAUUCAGGUGGAAUUUGUCUCAGCUGACCUGGAGGAAGACAUCAUCAGUAGGAUAUUCAGGAUCUACAAUGCUGCACGGCCUCAGGAUGGCUACCGUAUGGUCCAGCAGUUUCAGUUCCUUGGUUGGCCGAUGUACCGAGACACCCCCAUGUCCAAACGCUCCUUCCUCAAACUUAUCAGACAAGUGGCAAAAUGGCAGGAGGAGUAUGAUGGAGGGGAGGGCCGUACCGUGGUUCACUGUCUUAAUGGAGGUGGUCGCAGUGGAACGUUCUGUGCCAUAAGCAUUGUGUGUGAGAUGUUACAGCACCAACGUUCUGUUGACGUUUUCCACGCCGUCAAAACACUGAGGAACAACAAACCCAACAUGGUGGACCUACUGGACCAGUACAAGUUCUGCUACGAAGUUUCUCUGGAGUACCUUAACUCUGGAUAAACCAGUCCUGACACCUGUCGGACAGCCAGAACCCUGGGCCCGUGGGCCACUGACUGGUUGGACACUCUGGGAAAGACUGCAGCACAGACGGACCUAUGCCAUCGGAAUGAAACAAUGUGAACAAGAACCCCCCCCCCCCCCCCACACACACACACACACACACACAUUCAAACACACACACUGCCCUCUUAUACCCCGUGUCCAGUCUAAUGGAAGAGUGGGCAGUGUGUACAGCCUAUAUGUAUUUCCACCAGUGUUUGUGUUGACUCUGUUUGCGGUCAGGGAGGGUUUCCGAAGCACAAUGUUUUACACUGAAGUGACUGUCCUGUUAUCUGACCCUUUGACCCAUGGCCACCACACCAUAACCCUUGACCCCUAGACCACGUCAGAUUCCUGCUACAUGUAAAUAUACUUGCAAAAAAGGGGGGAUUCUAAUUCUGUGUAGACGUGGAAUUUCUCUCCGAUCACAACGGUGUGUAGGGGUUAGGGGAGGAGGAGUUAGGAGAGGAGGAGUUAGGAGAGGAGGAGUUAGGAGAGGAGGUGUUAGGAGAGGAGGAGUUAGGAGAGGAGGAGUUAGGAGAGAGAAGUGGGCCCUGAGCAGGGGUUGGGACAUACGUUAUUUGAGUUGUUUUGUUCUGAACGCAGCUUGUCUUUUCUUUCUUUCUUUCUGUACUUUCCAUUGUUUGUCUGGGUUAGUGGAGAAAAAACACUGAUAUGUUAGCUAACAAAGGUCUUUCGCCUGAGUGGAACAACAAUCAAACAUAAGACUUACCUAUUUGCAUUUAGGGACAGUUUGAAAUGUACUGGUGGAGGGCUGGUUCAAAAAUGACAAAGGGAUGUCUAUCUUUUAUUAUAUUAUGUUAUUGUUAUUAUACUUUUUUACUUAACACUGUGUUUCUUUUUUUUUAACACAAGGGAUGGUAGUUAUUGUUCUGUUCAUUUAGUUUAAAAUGUCGAUAAACGUUUACUUUGUUUCAUUGUGAACACAUCACAUCAGUAGGAUUUGUGCAAAUGUUCUAAAAUCCAUCUAGUGGGAAAACACCUUUCUCAAAGCAAACCACACAUGUGAUCGGUUUCAUGGGACCGAAAUACAUGUUGGAAUGUUUCAAAGAUGGGGGACCUGAGGAUGCUGACACUACUAUGAACCAGGAUAAAAUGUACAAGUUGUAUACACUUGAAUGGGUAAAUUGGUUAGAAAAUGCUGACGGCCUCCCUGCAGAUUGUAGGAUUGUAAACGACAUGUGCAGUGCUUAACCACUGAACAAACCAAGAAGUGUGUUGACCGCAAAGGCACAAAAAUUACUGUUUAGAAUAUUCUUUUUUUUGUAAUUUCAUCCUUUAAAAAAAUUUUUUUAUACAUACAUAUUAGGGAGGGUUGUGCCUUUGUGUUAACUCCUCAAGAUCUCGCAGGACAUUUUAAAGCGCCCCGUUGUGAAACGUGAGAGAAAUGGUGUCCUUAGAUAGCUUUGGAGAAGUGUCUCCAUUCUGAGGCACUGAGAGAGUGGUCUGAGGGAUGGAGGGUGUGGUCUGAGGGAUGGAGGGUGUGGUCUGAGGGAUGGAGGGUGUGGUCUGAGGGAUGGACGGUGUGGUCUGAGGGAUGGAGGGUGUGGUCUGAGGGAUGGAGGGUGUGGUCUGAGGGAUCGAGGGUGUGGUCUGAGGGAUGGAGGGUGUGGUCUGAUAGAGGGAGUUAUCUAAGGGACUAAGGGUUUGAUCUGAUAAGUACUAUGUUUUGUUUUUCAGUGAGAUAAGGGGAAAGAAUAUCGGAACAUUGAUGGGUGUUAUAAAACGGUUCCCAAGCUUUUCGAAAUAACGUUUCUGUUCCAGAACCCUAGAAAUAACUUUUAUAUUAUGUUCCUUAAAAUAUAUAUAAAUAUUAUAUGUUUUUUCUGUUUUGUUCACUGAACCAGGUCCAACCCCUGGGACUGACGUAUGGUACUAUGGUUGUUUAUAUGCCUUUAUAUCCUCAUCAGAAGACAACAACAAAAUGCUUCAGUAUUUUUCCAUCUCUCUUGGAAUGCAAACUAUUCUGUCUGUAACGUAGUGUGUUCAUUUUAUAUCUCUCUGCCUCAGAAUCAUGUUUUACUCAGAGUUUAAAUGAUAACAUUGUGAUCCUCAAACAGGAAGUUAAAUUGCCUAAAUGUUGCUAAAUGUCCUGUAAAAUAUGAAUUAUAGAUUUACUAUCAUUGUUGGUUUUUAUUCAUGGCUUCUGGCGUGGGAUGGAGUUGGAACAAAGAAAAUUAACACUUAGUGUCUGGUUUCACAGACACGGGUUAUGUUUAGUCCUAGGAAGGAGGAUCUCCAUUGGUCUUAGUGUUUUUAGUCCAGGACUGGACUCAAUCUGUGUCCGUGGACCCGGUCCUGUGAAAGGAAGUCCCCAUCCCAGUCAAUGGGUUAGCAGUGAAAAGACUGGCGGUCAUAAUUCUGUUUCUAUAGGCACAAUCUACCUACUUAUGUUUGCCCUGCCUGUUUCAAGGGAUCCAAAGCUUUAUUUGCACUCCCAUUUAGUUUUUCUUGUUGUGCAUAUUGUAAAUAUCUCUGUACAUUAUUUAUUUGCAGUCUGUUAUGUAAUAAUGUUUUGGUGAAUGGCAGUUUAAGUGACAAUCAUCUUUUCUGGGUCUGUUGUUUUGAUUGUGUUGUUGUGAGAUUUUCUUUUUUUGUCAUAUUGUAUGAAGGAUGAGUUCCACUGUAAAAACCUAUAAAUGUCCCUAAAAAUGA